AAUGUCUAAGAAGAACAAAGUGUGGACAUUUUUAGAGACAUUCGUGCGCCGCCAGGUCGGGUUCAUCCCGUGCAUACAGCUGUUGAUAUGGAUCAUGUUCUACCUGAUGAUGAAACUCUUGCUGAUCGCCCUGUCCGACAUCUUUCUGAGAGACUCGGCCUUCAUGAAACUCUUGGUGCUGCAAGGAAGGUGAGUCAGUAAGGCGCACACUAUAUGAUGCACACUAUAUGAUGCACACUAUAUGAUGCACACUAUAUGAUGCACACUAUAUGAUGCACACUAUAUGAUGCACACUAUAUGAUGCACACUAUAUGAUGCACACUAUAUGAUGCACACUAUAUGAUGCACACUAUAUGAUGCACACUAUAUGAUGCACACUAUAUGAUGCAUUGAGAAUUGAUAUGCUGCUAAUAUGCUUUAUCAUCUACAAAGUACGACCCAAAGUCGUCAUUCAAAUAAAAAUAGAUUUUGUGUAUAAUGUGUGGCAGGAUGUAGAAGAUUGUACUGGACACAGGAAACCGUCUAAUGUACGCCUGGAAGUAAGACCCACGUAUAAAUGAUUUAGAAUAUGAAAUUUUAAGUAUAUUUCACUGUUCCACACUAUGCAUAUAUAUAUAUAUAUAUAUAUAUUUGUAAAUGUCUUUUCUUUCUCAGCUUUCAGACGGUCAUAAAUCAGAGACCGGUGAAGUUCCCAAGCGACAUGAUCACCAACACCCUCAUCAACACCAAGGAUGGCUGCGGGGGCGUGGCCAACUAUGACGCCCUGGUGAUCGUCCACACGGCCACCCACCAUUUCCAGCACAGGCUGAACUACAGGGACACCUACGGCAACUACUUGUUUACGGUCCCUUACAGGUUAAAGGUGGUGACCUGUAUGUCAUAUAAUUACCACCUUAGACUAUGGUCCCUUACAGGUUAAAGGUGAUUUACAUGUGUCAUAUACUUAUGACCUUAGACUACUCAAUUCACACCCUAUAAAUUCCACACCCCCCCCCCGGGGGGGGGAGGCAAAUCUGGCUGUAUUGUGCUAGUGGCUGGGAUGAAAAAGUUGUCUCAGAUACUUGCCUCCGCUCAUCACAGGAUUGUUAACCCUCCAUUCCAGAUCG